AUGGCCCCCAUCCAGGUUAAGAAGAUCUGCUGUAUCGGUGCUGGUUACGUCGGUGGCCCCACCUGCGCUGUUAUCGCGCUCAAGUGCCCCCACAUCCAGGUCACCAUUGUCGACCUUAACCAGGCCCGUAUCGACGCCUGGAACUCGGACAACCUCCCCAUCUACGAGCCCGGUCUCGACGAUGUCGUCAAGGCUGCCCGCGGCAAGAACCUCUUCUUCUCGACCGACGUCGACAAGGGAAUCGCUGAGGCCGACCUCAUCUUCGUCUCCGUGAACACCCCCACCAAGAAGUCUGGUAUCGGAGCCGGCUUCGCUGCCGACCUCAACUUCCUCCAGCUUGCUACCCGCCGCAUUGCUGAGGUCUCCACCUCCUCCAAGAUCGUCGUCGAGAAGUCGACCGUUCCCUGCCGUACUGCCGAGUCGAUGCGCACCAUUCUUGAGGCCAACUCCAAGCCUGGCUGCACCUUCGACAUCCUCUCGAACCCCGAGUUCCUUGCUGAGGGUACCGCUAUCAACGACCUCUUCGCCCCGGACCGUGUUCUGAUCGGUUCGCUCCAGACCGAGUCCGGUAUCAACGCCUGCAAGGCCCUCACUGAGGUCUACGCCAACUGGGUCCCCAAGGACCGCAUCCUUACCGUUGGUCUCUGGUCGUCUGAGCUCUCCAAGCUCGCUGCCAACGCCAUGCUUGCCCAGCGUAUUUCUUCCGUUAACGCCCUCUCGGCCAUCUGUGAGGCCACUGGUGCCAACAUUGACGAGGUCGCCUACGCCGUCGGCAAGGACACCCGUGUCGGCCCCAAGUUCCUCAAGGCCUCCGUCGGUUUCGGUGGCUCGUGCUUCCAGAAGGACAUCCUUAACCUUGUCUACCUUUCUGAGUCGCUCCACCUUCCCGAGGUCGCCAAGUACUGGCGUGCCGUUGUUGAGAUGAACGAGUUCCAGAAGGACCGCUUCUCUCGCAAGGUCGUCGAGACCCUCUUCAACACCAUCACUGGCAAGAAGAUUGCCAUCCUCGGCUGGGCCUUCAAGAAGGAUACCGGUGACACCCGCGAGUCGCCCUCGAUCUCGAUCGCCAACCACUUCCUCUCGGAGAAGGCUCGCGUCACCAUCUACGACCCCCAGGUCACCGAGGAGCAGAUCUGGCUCGACCUCACUGACUACGGAUCGAUCCCCGCUGAGCCCAUCAAGCCCCACGUCUCGAUCCAGAAGUCGGCCGAGGAGGCUUGCAAGGGUGCCGAGGCCAUCGUUAUCUGCACUGAGUGGGACGAGUUCAAGACCCUCGACUGGCAGAAGAUCUACGACAACUGCCCCCGCCCCGCCUUCGUCUUUGACGGCCGUCUCAUGCUCGACCGCUCCAAGCUCCAGCAGAUCGGUUUCAAGGUCAUCACCAUCGGCACUGGCGACCGUGUCUAA